AUGACUUUAGGUUCGCACAUCAAUAAGAAAUUCCAAAGCCAAUCGCUUCUGACCACGGAGCAGAUUAAUGUGUACCUGAGGUUGGAACAGGCUCCGCACAAGAAGGAAGAACUGGGCAUCUGCAACAAUGUGCUGUCGAAGAUUUCCUCGCUGCUGAAAGACUUGGAAAGUCCCUACAAGAUCAG